AUGUUGAUGGGAGAUCAUCACGUGGGUGACAGGCGUUGUGAGGAGGUCAUCCGUGGAGUGAUGCGUUGUGUGUGGGAGGUCAUCCGCGUGGAGUGGCGGCGGUGUGUGGAGGAGAUCAUCCGUGGAGUGGCGGUGGCGGCGUUGUGUGGGGAGAUCAUCCGUGUGGGUGGCGGUGUGUGGGAGAUCAUCCGCGUGGGUGGCGGCGGUGUGUGGGAGAUCAUCACGUGGAGUGGCGGUGUGUGGGGAGAUCAUCGCGUGGGUGGCGGCGGUGUGUGGGAGAUCAUCGCGUGGAGUGGCGGUGUGUAUUUCUACUGGAAAAAUACAGGGAGGAACAAGAUGUUGAUGGGAGAUCAUCCGUGGAGUGAUGGCGUUGUGUGGGAGAUCAUCACGGAGGGUCAAGAGACUAUAUUCUUACUCAGAAUUGAGAUCCAUAAGUCAAGAUACAAGGAAAAAGGCCAGAAGAUAAAACAACAUCCGAGUGAAACGUAUAGGUACAUAUCCAAGGACAACAGAAGUCAAGGCGUCAUCUCCUCAUGUCGGCUAGUCUUGGUAAUGAGUCAAGCCGCACAGUUCUGCACCUUCUGUAAACGACUGAUAAAAAGUCUAACUGCAUUUGUCCAUCAGUCAUCUGCAGCCUGGCUGCGAAGGGGAAGGAGCUUAGAGGGAAGCAGCCAAGCAAGACUCAAGACACUGUGGGUUCUACUCACGGGGAACUGUUCCCAGCCACUGAUGGCGAGUAUCACUGGGAACACCUUCUCUGUUACCGCCGAGGUACACAGAAAGCAGGAAUGUGAAGUAGGGGGAGUAGCCGUGUCUACUCCCAACGGGAAAGGUAGGGGAGCGUCCGUGUCCACUCCCCAUAGUGAAAGGAGGGGAGUGGCCAUGUCCGCUCCCUAUGGUGAAAGGGAGAACAGGGGAGCGGCCGUGACCACCCCCAAAGGAGAGAGAAAGGUGGUUGCCGCAGCCACCAACCAAGGAGUGAAAGGGGGAGUUGCCGUGCCCACUCCCAAAGGUGAGAGUAGGGGAGUGGCCGUGACCACCCCCCAAGGAGAGAGAAAGGUGGUUGCCGCAACCACCAACCAAGGAGUUAAGGGGGGAGUGGCCGUGCCCACUCCCCGGAGAGAGAGAGGGAGUGGCCGUGACCACCCCCCAAGGAGAGAGAAAGGUGGUUGCCGCAACCACCAACCAAGGAGUGAAAGGGGGAGUGGCCGUGCCCUCUCCCAAAGAGAGAGUAGGGGAGAGGCCGUGACCACCCCCCAAGGAGAGAGAAGGGGAGAGGCCGUGACCACCCCCCAAGGAGAGAGAAAGGUGGUUGCCGCAACCACCAACCAAGGAGUGAAACGGGGAGUGGCCGUGCCCUCUCCCCGGAGAGAGAGUAGGGGAGUGGCCGUGACCACCCCCCAAGGAGAGAGAAAGGUGGUUGCCGCAACCACCAACCACGGAAAGCAAGGGGGAAAGGCCGUGUCCGAUCCCCCAGGGGAAAGCAAGGGUGUAGCUGUGUCUACACCCCAGCUAGAGAGAGGAAAUGGAGCUGCCGUGACUGCCCCCUGCAUUGAGAAAGUAAGGGGAACAGCCGUGCCUGGUCCCCAGUGCUUGAAAAAUGGAAUAGCCGUGUCUAUUCCCCACAAAACAAGAAAUGUGACUACAUUUAAUCCAACCCAUCCGGGGGUUGGAAAAAAACAGAGAAAGAAAAGCCAGAAAAAGGCAACUGGCAACAAUGGGGACAUGCCGCCCCCCUAGCCAGGACUCAGUCACCAGGGAGACUGAGCCCGAGAGUCUGCCCAACUCUCGGGGCCUUAUUGUUAGCAAGGAAGUAGCCAUGUCUACCUCCACACCAACCGCUGGUAGGGUUGGCACAGAUAUGGGACUGACGACC